GUUCCUGUCCUGACUUCCGUCAGUGGUGAACAGCAAUGUGGAAGUCUGCUCUUCCUCUACCUGGCUCUCCAGUCUGUCCACGAUCCCGUUCAGGUCCCUGAGGAGUACAUGAAGCCAUAUGACUUUAUCCAAGAUAAGCACAGACGGAUUUAUGCAGGGAUGGUGUCCCUCAUGGAUGAAGCAGUAGGAAACGUCACCGAAGCCUUGAAAAGCCACGGGCUCUGGAACAACACUGUGUUCAUCUUCUCCACAGACAAUGAUGGGCAGACUCUGUCUGGGGGCAACAACUGGCCACUUCGAGGAAGGAAAUGGACCCUGUGGGAAGGAAGCAUCUGUGGAAUGAGCUUUGCGGCAAGCCCCUUGCUGAAACAAAAAGGCGUGAAGACCCGGGAGCUCAUCCACAUCUCAGAUUGGCUUCCACCUCUGGCGAAUCUGGCUGGGGGAAUCACCAACAGUACCAAGCCUCUGGAUGGCUUCGAUGUGUGGAGGACCAUCAGUGAAGGAGCCCACCCCUCCCCCAGAGUGGAGCUGCUGCACAACACUGAUCGCAACUUUUUGCACAGUUUGCCGUGUCCUGGCAAGAGCAUGGCUACCGCAAAGAACGACUCUUUUCCUUUAGAACAUUCUGCCCUUAACACUUCUGUCCACGCUGGGAUUAGAUACAAAAACUGGAAACUCCUCACGGGCCACCCAGGCUGUGGUUACUGGUUCCCGCCUCCAUCUCAAUCCAACGUUUCUGAGAUACCUUCACUGGACUCAUCAACCAAGACACUCUGGCUGUUUGACAUCAAUCAGGACCCUGAAGAAAAAAAUGACCUGUCCCAGGAGCACCCCCACAUCGUCCGGAAGCUCCUUUCCCGCCUGCAGUACUACCGUAAGCACUCUGUGCCUUGGUACUUCCCACCCUUGGACCCCCGCUGUGAUCCCAAGGAUACCGGCGUGUGGAGCCCCUGGAUGUAGGGUCCCAGGGGAGGCUGGAGCGCAUGUGUGCAGGCUAGACCUUGGGCCCCUACUCUGCUGGCUUCUUUCUUUUUU